AUGCACUUUUUCUUCAGUGACCUGUCUCUGGCGAACUUGGGUUACUCCUCAUCUGUCACUCCCAUAGUAACGGCUGGAUUACUCAUUGGAGACAAGGUCGUCCCCUACAAUGCACGUGCCGCUCAAGUGUUCUUUUUUGUAGCCUUUGCAAGUGUGGAGCCUUGCCUUUUGGCCUCAGUGGCUUAUGACUGCUACACAGGAGUAUGCAAGCCCUUGCACAACACCACCACCAUGACAACACAUGUGUGUGCAUGUCUGACCACGGGAUCCUAUGUUUGUAGUUUUCUGAAUGCCUCUUUCCAAGUUGGGGACACAUUCAGUCCUUCUUUAUGCAAGUCCAACACAGUCCAUCACUUUGUCUGUGAUGUUCCAGCUGUCCUGGGUCUCUCUCGCUCUGAUAAACACAUUAGUGAAGUCGUUCUUAUUUUCACCAUGAGCUUUAAUGUCUCUUUUGCUCUUCUGAUUAUAUUGAUUUCCUGUCUAUUAAUAUUUGUAAAUAUCUUGAAGAUGCACUCAGCUCAGGGGCACCGAAAGGCUUUGUCCACCUGUGCUUCCCACCCUACCGCUGUCUCCAUCCUCUGUGGGACUGUCAUCUUCAGGUAA